AUGGAUGGGGACUUGUUUACUGUAACAGCCAAAACUCUGAAAGUAAGAUAUUCCCUUAUUUGAAAGUAAAACAUUCCCUUAUUUGCAAAGCUAAGUGUCUGUGAUGUAUUCUAAUCUAAGUAUUUUCAUGGGCAACGUUUAAAGGCGGAUGAGAGCAGAUGUAAAAUCUCAUCCAAGUUUUAAUGUACUUGGAGCAAUCGGCCAUUGUGCUAACUCUGCUACGAGAGAAUAAUAAUCUUUUUCAAACCUCUUUCACCAACAGUUAGGAGACCCUGCUUAAUGCCCUCCCAGAACUGCCAUUCCAAAGUAGCUUAACGUCACUCCCUCUUAUCAGGGAACUAAGGGAACCGCAGGGCUUCACCUACAUAUGGUUUUUACAGGAAGCAAAAUAUCAGUGUACUUGUGCAUGUGAUCUUGCAAAACAUCUGCCUGUGUGUGUGACAGAGAUCUUGCAAAAUAUCUGCCCUUGUGUGCCCAUACACCAGGCCAGGCUCGGGUGGCGCUGUGGUCUAAACCACUGAGCCUCUUGGGUUUGCCAGUCAGAAGGUCAGCAGUUCGAAUCCCCGCGAUGGAGUGAGCUCCUGUUGCUCUGUCACAGCUCCUGCCAACUUAGCAGUUCAAAAGCAUGCCAGUACAAGCAGAUAAAUAGGUACCACUGCGGCGGGAAGGGAAACGGUGUUUCUAUGCACUCUGGCACACAUCACGGUCCUCCAUGCGCCAGUAGCGGUUUAGUCAUGCUGGCCACAUGACCCGGAAAGCUGUCUGCAGACAAAUGCUGGCUCCCUCAACCUGAAAGCGAGAUGAGCGCCGCAUCCCCAUAGUUGGAUUUGACUGGACUUAACCAUCCAGGGGUCCUUUACCUUUUACCUUACACAGGGCCAGAUAUUUUCCAAGAUCUCUGUCUCUCUCACACACAAACACGGGCAGAUAUUUUGCAACAUCAUGUGUGCACAUACAAGUUAAAACCUUCCUGUUAAAACCUAGAAGACAGUUUCUAGCGAGGGUUGGGAAAGAUCUGAAUGCCCACUGGCUGCAUUCUGAGGCUGUCCCUUUCAGGGCAGAAAGCGAGUCCAAUGUGAUAAUUCCAGGAGCUGGUGCGAAGGGGAGAGAGGUUCAAGGGGGCACAUUUGGGCCUCAAGCCUGAAGUUUCUACCCCUGAUUUAAAAUCCCUAGAUGGACAGCAAGCUGUGUGUUUUAAUAAUGACAGAACAGGCAAAAAGUUAAUUGUUCAUACAGGUACAAGUCAGGGAAAACGAUAUACUUUCCCAUGGUGGCGUGGCCAAAGGCAAUAUGGGCAGAGCAAGAAAUGUAAUUUUUACCGUUGCACAAUAAGGGAGUUCAAUUAUUAUCAUCAAAAAUUAUUAUUUAUGUUGCCCACCUGAUAAGGUUACCCCAGCUACUCUGGGCAGCAGCUUCCAAUAAAUUAAAACACUAUGUUUGUUCCAACCUGCACUGGCACUACAAGGAGAAGGUCAGGAUGAUGAUGCUGGUAAUGAUGAUAUAAAAUAAAAAUGAAUAGUUGAACAGUUGGAUUAUUUACAGGUAGGUAGCCGUGUUGGUCUGCCGUAGUUGAAACAAAAUUUUAAAAAAUCCUUCUAGUAGCACCUUAGAGACCAACUAAGUUUGAGCUUUCGUGUGCAUGCACACUUCUUCAGAUGCACUGAAACAGAAGUCACCAGACCCUUAUAUAGUGAGAGGGUGGGAAGGGGUAUUACUCAGAAGGGUGGUGGGAAUGGGUGAUUGGAUGAUAGGUGUGGUAAACCUGUUGACGACUGUUAACGCCUGCAAUUGAUCUUAACAGGAAAAAGCAAAUGGUGAGAUGGCUAAAAAUAGCUUUAUCAUGUAUAAUGAGAUAAGAAUCCAAUGUCUUUAUUCAGACUCUCUUUCCAGUCUAUUUCUGAAAUUAUUUUGUAAUAAGACAGCUACUUUGAGAUCUUGUAUAGAAUGUCCUGGGAGACUGAAGUGUUCUACUGGUUUCUUUGUCUUGUGAUUCCUGAUGUCAGAUUUAUGUCCGUUUAUCCUUUGGCGUAGGGUUUCGCCUGUUUGUCCAAUAUAGAGAGCUGAAGGGCACUGUUGGCAUUUGAUGGAUUAUUGGCCUGAUCCAGCAACUUCUUAUUUCUUGAAUAGAAAGGAUGUCUGAGAGGGCCUCCUGUUAAAAAAAUUAUACAAAAUAGCCGCUAGAGGGCUCUUUUCGUAUUUUCUCCUUUCCUAAAAUCCAGAGGCGUUUUGUGCUGCUUCUGAAAUUGCCUCUCUGUGUUGUGAAAUGCAACACCAAGAGGGGCUGGGCUUCCCAUGAAGAUGCUGCAUCCGGUGAGAGAAAUACAGGGAGGGAGAGGGAAGAGGGGAAUUUUUUUCCAGGGGGGAAAGGCACCGAAGGUCAGGCAGGGAGAGCUCAGAGUCCCUUUGCCCUUGCCUUCGUCCAGGCCUUGGAGCAGAUUUCAGAAGGAUUGGGGAGCAUCAAGAGGCCACGAUGGGAGAUUUAAAUUAUUAGAUGCUCUUGCUGAUCUGGUUUUGACGCACAAAUGCCUCAGUGGAUCCCCCUCCGCCUCCAAUCCGUUACAGCUACGGAGCAGAGAAACACUUUGCACAAGCUCAGAGGCGCCCUUGGUGUCGUUCAUCAAGGCACACCUUCCGGGGCUGAGCAGGGGGAAACUUGAAAGCAGUUGCCAGGGAGCUCACCCCUGAAAGCCUCUAUCAAAUUUAAGGCAUUGUCCAGAUAAUUUGUGCCUGGGGGAUAUAGGAAGCCCUGAACACAUAUUUUUCAGAUGUCCCUUUUACAAUGAGGCACGUAGAGAAACCAUUGACCCCCUGCUGGUGAGGCUUGCUGACCUCCCGGUAAAGCAAAAAGUCGAUCUUCUCCUGUUAGGCAAAGACCACAAGACGACCCAGAUUGUCGCCAGAUUCUGCGCACAGAUCUGUAGGCGCAGACCAUCCCCUGAUUCAAUCUAGUUUGUUAAGAAAAUUCCCAAACCCGGAUCCACGGGUGACUUUGGGUCAUUUCUCUAAGGUAGCCUGUUUUAAAGUUUUUAUGUGUUUAUAUGCCUAUCACACUUUUAAACUUAAAAUCCAUUGUUGUAUAUUGUUUUAAAUGUUCGUUUUGCUAUUGGUAUUGUAGUUCCAUUUGUGUUUCUCAAGCUGGUCUCUGACUGUAAUAAAUUUCAUGUCAUGUCAAGGCUUUGUCUGUUUUGGGAAGGGCUGUGGAUCGGUGGCAGAGAACCUGCUUUGCAUGCAGAAGGUUCCAGGUUCAGUCCCUGUGAUUUCAUGUUCCUCUGUCGCUCCCAAUACCAUAUACUUCUGUUUCUCCUCUGCUCAGAAAAUGCACGUCUAUCUCUGCCCCUUCUGAAUUUGCCAGCUGCUUCUCUUUGCUGCAGAUCCGGGUUGUCCACCUUAGUUCACUCUGGAACCCCAACCCUGGAAGGAGAAUGACUGACACAGAGGAAGCGCAGGUAGGGACCCACCAAACGCCUCCUCUUUCCUUCCCAGGAGUGGUGGCUGGUGCCCCUUGGGACAGGUAGGGCGGAAGACCAGGAGCCCAACAGUAGGCGGCGCCAGAGAGCCAGUGACCAGCAGAGCCAACUACCGUAUUUUUCGCUCUAUAACACGCACCCGACCAUAACACGCACGUAGUUUUUAGAGGAGGAAAAUCCGUAGGCAUGCCACACGUAGGCAUUCCCUCCAUAACACGCACAGACAUUUCCCCUUACUUUCUAGGAGGAAAAAGUGAGUGUUAUGGUGCAAAAAAUACGGUAAUUCUAAUGGUUUGUCCCCAUCCUCCUCCUCUCUUCUAGAGGGCAAAACUGAGGACCAGCCUCCCUUAGUUCCUAGGAGUACAUCUGAGAUUAUAAUUUAUUAUAUUUGUCAGACGCUUUUCUGACAGAGUGACUCAAAGCAGCUCACGUUAAUUGUUAUAAGCAGUGCUUUUUUCUAAAAAAAAAAAUGUUUAGGGGUACAGUGGUACCUUGGGUUAAGAACUUAAUUCGUUCUGGAGGUCCGUUCUUAACCUGAAACUGUUCUUAACCUGAAGCACCACUUUAGCUAAUGGGGCCUCCUGCUGCCGCCGCACGAUUUCUGUUCUCAUCCUGAAGCAAAGUUCUUAACCCGAGAUACUAUUUCUGGGUUAGCGGUGUCUGUAACCUGAAGCAUCUGUAACCCGAAGUACCACUGUACUCUCAUUUUGACUCAAGAAAAUCACCAUUUUAUAGUUCAAAUUGGGAAAAAUAAAUACAGUAAAUGAACAAAAGUACAUAGAUUCACAAAAUGUUUAGGGGUAUGUGUACCCCUGUGUACCCCCCUCUCUGAAAAAAGCACUGGUUAUAAACAAACGAAGAGUACAGCUGUAGUCUAUAAUUAAAAGGCAGACUAACUGAUCCUGCCUCACAAGAGGGGCCACAAUGCCACCUUUCAUUUUAUUUUAUUGUAUUCAUAUCCCACCUUUUUCUCCAUGGAACUCAAGGUAGCUUGCAUGCUUCUCCCCUUCUCCUAUAAUCCCCACAACGACCCUGAGAGGUAGGUUAGGCUGAGAGUGAGUGACUGGCCCACAUGGGGUUUCGAACCCUGUUCUCCCAGGCUUUAGUGUGACGCUCUAACCACUACUCUCUGGGUAAAGAUAAAAGGUUUUGCUGUUGCUUAAAGGUAACUGAAGAUAGCACCAAGCAUACCUCCCUGGGAAGAACAUACCACAGGCUGGGGGUGGGGGCUCACCCAUAGCUAUCAACGUUUCCCUUUUUUAAGGGAAAUUCCCUUAUUCCGAAUAGGAUUCCUCGCAAGAAAAGGGGAAAGCUGACAGCUAUGGGCUCACCACUGAAAAGGCCUGUUCUUGCCACCCUCCAGACCUCUCAUGGAAGGGGGCACAAGGAGAAGGUCCUGAGAUGGUGAUCACACAUCUUUUCAACACACAUCUAGAAACGUAAUGUGUGAAAGCAACUUGCUUGUGAAAGCAACAGCAGCACCAAACUUGCCUUUACACCCACCCACACCCUGUGUGCUUAAUUUCUAAAAAUGAAAGAUUGAAUUGAUUUGAUUUGAUUUUUCCAUUCUAAUUUUUCCAGCAACAAAUGUUGAGUUCAGAGCAGCUCACGAUAAUCACAAAAGCACCGCAGAACAGCAAAACAUUGCAAACUCUGUACUAUUUCAAUCGCGGCAGUUUUAAGGUUUCAAAAUGUGCCUCCUUUCACCCCUUUUGUUACAGGAUCAUCUGGUUUUCCUGACAGGAGAGGGAGACGUCAAAAUCGAGGAAGAAAAAAGCUGCAAAGAGCUACAGGUAUGCAUCCGUUAGCCACCUGCUUGAGUGAGAAGGAAAGAAAGGAACUUCUUCACACAGUCCAUCAUUAAUGUGUGGAACUCCCCACCACAUGGUGAGGUAACAGUUGCAGGCAUAAGGAGCUUUAGGAGCGGGUUCUGAUAGUUUAGAGCUCUUUGUAUGUUUUCAUGACACAGCAUAUGAGGAAAAAGGGCUAGGAGGGAGGAGGAGAAACUAAGAUCCGCUAAAAGGUCUUUCACCAGCCAUAAACCCUGGUGAGAAGCUAGAGUCUUUUCCCAGUGGACUAUUUUAGUCAGAGUGGUUUUAAUGUUUCAAAAGGUGCCCGCUUUCAUUCCUUUUGUUACAGGAUCGCCUGGGUCGCCUGGCAAGGGAAGGAGACAUCAAAAUCGAGGAGCAAAAGAGAAGCGAAGAUCUGCUGGUAGGUAUCUGUGAACCACCCACUUGAGUGGGAAAGAAAGAAAUCAUUAAUGCAUGGAACUGCCCGCCACAUGAUGUGGUGAUGGUCACAGACUUGAGUGGGUUUAAGAGCAGAUAACACGAGUUCAUGGGGACAUAGGAAGCUGCCUUAUAGUGAGUCUGGCUGGCUGUCAUGGAUGCUUUAGGUGAGAUUCCUGCAUUAUGGGGGGUGGACUAGAUGACCCUUGGGGUCCCUUCCAACUUUACAAUUCUAUGAUUCUGUCAAUCAAACCAAAUUGGUCCGGCUGCAGUGACUGGCACCAUUUCUCCAGGGCUCCAAGCAAGGAGUUCAUUCCCAGCCCUUUCUGGAGGUGCUGGGAUUUGAACCCGGGACCUUCUGUGUGCUGAGGAGAUGCUCUGCUACUGAGCUACAGCCCUUUUGGCGAUUGGCAAGGUGGGCAGCCCCAGCCACCUGUCAAAAUGUCCUGUGGAAGAUCAAUCUCUGAGCCACUGGCUGGAUCCUGUUCCCCUACCCCUGUGCUAAACCAUGGCUCAUCAAACUGUGGUUUAUUUAAGCAUGGUUUGUUUCAUCAUCCAAAACAUGAAUAAAAACCAUUGGUUAUAGUUUGCCUUAGUCACACCUGCAAAUCUGCAGUUCCCUGAAAGCAACACACUUCUCCCAAACAGCCACUUUCCCAAACCUGAGAGCGCUUUCAACAGCCCAUCAGGAUGCUAUCCCACCUUGAGGUUCCUGCCAGCUGUUGAACAGAUGAUAAUAAUAAUAAUAAUAAUAAUAAUAAUAAUAAUAAUAAUAAUUUAUUUAUAUCCCGCCCUCCCCAGCCGAAGCCAGGGUCAGAGAGGCUAACAACAGUAAAAUAAUACAGCAUUCUAAAAUCUAUUCAUUCUAAAAUCAGUUCAGAUCAGUUUAAUAUCAACCAUUGGGCUAGAGUUCUGUGAGGAUUGCCAAAGGAGGGGGUCAGACUGUGCCUUGGCCAAAGGCCUGGUGGAACAGCUCCAUCUUGCAGGCCCUGCGGAAAGAUGUCAAGUCCCGCAGGGCCCUGGUCUCUUGUGACAGAGCGUUCUACCAGAUCGGGCCACAGCCGAAAAAGCUCUGGCUCUGGUUGAGGCCAGCCUAACCUCUCUGUGGCCCGGGACCUCCAAAGUGUUUUUGUUUGAAGACUGUAAGGUCCUCCGUGGGACAUACCAGGAGAGGCGGUCCCGUAGGUACGAGGGUCCUUCCAGGGGCUCCAGCAGAAGCAGAGACAGCUGCCUUGUAGUUCACUGGUCCGCCCAGCUAGGUAUUAUCUACACGCACUGACAGCAGCUCUGGAUGGCCACUGUGAGAACAGGAUCCUGGACUAGAUGGGUCUUUGGCCUGAUCCAGCAUGCCUGGUCAACGCUCAUAGGCCUAGGGAUUCUCUGAUCUGUGGGAUCUUCUCCUAAGCUCACCGUCCCCCUUUCUAUAAUCUUCUCUUCUGGCAGAGAGAGAUCAAAGCGGAGAGGAUGACGAUUGUCAAGGAGUGGAAGGAGAUGCACCAGGUUCUUGACGAACAGCAGCAGGUCCUGCUGAGCUGGCUAAAGAACGAGGUUCUCCGGGUCUCCAGGGAGACUUCCCUCCACAGUGAACCAGGAAGGGAAAAGGCACAGCAGCCGUUGCCGGUAGGAAGAAUGUUGCAAAAAUAAGGUUGUAGUAAAAAUAAUGUUACAUUGCCCAACAAUGCUCCUGCUGUUGAUUAACAGCAUACCUGAGGCCCAGUACAGUGGUACCUCAGGUUAAGAACUUAAUUCAUUCCGGAGGUCCGUUCUUAACAUGAAACUGUUCUUAACCUGAAGCACCACUUUAGCUAAUGGGGCCCCUGUUGCCGCCGCGCUGCUGCCACGCGAUUUCUGUUCUCAUCCUGAAGCAAUGUUCUUAACCCAAGGUAGUAUUUCUGGGUUAGCAGAGUCUGUAACCUGAAGCGUAUGUAACCUGAAGUGUAUGUAACUUGAGGUACCACUGUAUACCUGAAGGAGCAUCUCCACCCCCAUCGUUCAGCCCGGACACUGAGGUCGAGCACCAAGGGCCUUCUGGCAGUUCCCUCACUGUGAGAAGUGAGGUUACAGGGAACCAGGCAGAGGGCCUUCUCAGUGGUGGCGCCUGCCCAGUGGAACACUCUCCAGUCAGAUGUCAAGGAAAUAAACAACUAUCUGACUUUUAGAAGACAUCUGAAGCCAGCACUGUUUAGGGAAGUUUUUAAUGCUUGAUGUUUUACCACGUUUUUAAUAUUCUGUUGGGAGCCGCCCGGAGUGACUAGGGAAACCCAGCCAGAUGGGUGUUGUUGUUGUUGCUGCUGUUGUUGUUGUUGUUAUGAUUUUUAAUUGAUUAUAGCAGAGUGAAGAAGUGGGUUCAGAUCCUGACCUCCCCUAAUGGGCCAUUUCUGACAGGAGGACAUAGUUCGCAUGAUACCAGGUGAAAAAUUUUCUUUUGCCCAUACCAGCCAGGCAGUGUAGGGUGUUCAAAGUCAGCUGUGCAAUUAUCUGUCCCAGACCUGGUGUCAUGUAAGCAAAACAGCCUCGGAGGCAAAAUUAGGACCCCUCUGACUGACGGUUGAAUCUGCCAUGAACGUGCUGGCUGUAAUAUGCAGCGUUUUCUUCCUUUUUGUUUCUGAUCAAGUUUUAGGCUGCAUGCACACAAUAUCUUUAAAACACGUUCAAAGCACAUUUCUCCUCUCAGUGAAUUCUGGGCAGUGCAGUUAACCCCUCAGAGGGGUACAAUUGCCAGGUACACUUAACAAACUACAGUACCUGUCAUUCUUUGAGAGAAAGAAUUGGCUUCAAAUGGCUCAGCCUGAACCAGAAUCUUCUCUGGCAGCUCCAUAAACUGUUCUUUUCAUCUUUUCUUUAUUGCAGGGUUUACACAGCACUGGCGGCAGGUGAGCUCUGAAUUCAAUUUUACUAGCUCCUGCUAUUGGGCAGCAAUCUUCUCUGAACUAUGAGGUGCUGGGAUCAGUGGGUGGGGGAGGAAUUUGAGGGAGAGCCCACACACAGUUUCUUAAAAUGUCCUUGUACCAGGAGCAGCCAACAUGAUUUCCUUCAGAUGCUGUGGCACUCCAGCUCCCACCACCCCUGACCAUUGGCUGUUCUGAUUGUGGGCUCAUGGGAGUUGGAGUAGAAUGGCAUCUUCCUGACUACCACCUGCACUAUAAAUUGAAAGCUGUAUCAUCACACUUUAAGCAGUAAUGGCUCCCCCUUCCCAAAGAAUCCUGGGAAUUCUAGAAGCUUCAAUCUUUGUCAGUGUGAAUCAUUUGGCCUGGAUCCAACAGGGCAGUUCAUUCAUGUUUAGCCUUCUCUUCCUCCAACAGCAACAUCUAUUCUUUCUUUCUUUUUCACAGAGAUGAUACCUUCUUCCCGAAACCACAGCCGGGUUUGGGGGAGCUGGAACAGAGGUUGAGCGAUUUCUCCCACAAAAGGGCUGCUUUUCUGGAAACUCUGUUGGCGUUCAAAGGUGAAGAAGGGUUUUGAUUUGGUUGCACCCUGGCAUGUGUUCCCCCACAGUAAAGUUGAGCUCAAAGCAGCUCAUGAAAAUAAGAAGGUUUUUCAAACCUAGCAAACGGCAUUUUCAUCCAUGUCAUAGCAUCUUUUAAAAAAUGACAUGUAAGUAAAGUGAAAAGAAACAGUUCACAGUUGUAUGCAAAGAAGACCCAUUGGAAUUAAUGCAAAGGGCUAAGGCCCCUUCCACACCAUAUAUUUAAAGCUGUAUCAUACCACUUGAAGUAAGCAUGGCUUUUCCCAAAGAUGAUGAUGAUAAUAAUAAUAAUUUAUUAUUUAUACCCCGCCCAUCUGGCUGAGUUUCCCCAGCCACUCUGGGCGGCUACCAAUCAAGUGUUAAAAACAGUACAGCAUUAAAUAUUAAAAACUUCUCUAAACAGGGCUGCCUUCAGAUGUCUUUUAAAGAGAAGAUAGCUGCUUAUUUCCUUCACAUCUGAAGGGAGGGCGUUCCACAGGGCGGGCGCCACUACCGAGAAGGCCCUCUGCCUGGUCCCCUGUAAUGUCACUUCUCGUAAUGAGGGAACCGCCAGAAGGCCCUCGGCGCUAGAUCUCAGAUCCUUGGGAAGUGUAGUUUGCUAAGGGUUCUGAGAGUUGUUGGGGCACCCCUGUUUACCUCACAGAGUUACAACUCCCAGAGUUCUCUGGGAAGAGAAGAUUGAUUGUUAAAUCACCCUGAGAACUGUUGUCUGCUGUUUGUCUGUCACCAUGCCACAGAUGGCGAAGGGUGUGGAGAGGUCCUUCUCCUUUAUGUCCUUCAGGGCAGUUAUCCUCGACUGCUUUCAAUACUGUUUGCGCCUGAAAAGGUUUUAAGACAGACCUACUGACCUGUUUCCAAUCUGAGCGUGUUCCCUAAUUUCCUGUUAAAAUCUUGUGACUGUUUAUACAGCACAUGAUCCGGUUUAAAUUUUUUGUCCAGCUUUCGUUGCCCCCCCAAAACCCCACCAGCAAGUCUGAAGGGGUCCUGAGAGAGAAAGAAACUGCAAAAUGGUGCAGGCUGUUAAUUGUCUAAUUUCCUUCCCUAGAAAAUCUGCAUCUGGAGUUGAAGAAGAAUGGAGGUACAUGCCCACUUUAACAUACAUAAUUUUUUAUAUAUGGAUACUAGAUACCCUCAGUUAUAUUUUACUGCCUGAAGGGAAGGAUUAUAGUAUAUAAGCACAUUUAUAGUUCAACAUCUAAAAUCUUGCAAAGUUUCAUGAAGAUAGGAACACAGGAAAUUGCCUUAUACUGAAUCCAAACGUUAGUCCAUCUAACUCAGUAUUUUCGACACUGAUUGGCAGUGGCUCUCCCGGGUUUCAGACAGUGAGUCUUGAAGUAUAGGUGGGUUCCCAUGAGGCAAGACACAGUGAUCACAGCAAGAACCUUUGUUGAACUACAUUAUCGGAUAACAGGGGCAAAGCAACUGCUUAUAUACAUUUGUGAAGGCCUGGGCCACUCCCACUCCCAACGUGAUUGGCUGUCUAAACUUCCAAGCUGCAAAUCAUGAAUCAAAGUUUAAGGGCCAAUGGCAGAGGUCCAAAUCCAGAAUUGUUCUGUGAUUGGAUAUCAUGUAUCAAAUCAGAACACAGGAGCUCAGAGUCUUUAGUCCAGACUCAAGCUCAGGCAAACACAGACCACUGAAUACAUAACAAGUCUCUCUCAGCCCGACUUAGGAAUGCCCUUGGGGACUGAAAUUGGGACCUUGUGCAUUCAAAGCAGUUGCUCUGCUGCUUAGCUACAGCCUUUUGCCAUAAUGAUUUCAAUCACACAAUCAAUCAGAUUUUGCUGCAUAACAGUAUCCAACUUGCUUUUCUCCCUAGCAGGAGAAGGGCAGGUGAGCAAAAUGGAGGAUGAGAAACUUCCUGAAUCGGAAGCAGCUUCUGAGGGUGAACAUGGCUCAAAAAGAGAGCCGAGGAAGUGUCUGGACAAAGGGGAGGCGGGGAAAUCUGUUCCCUGUGAAGAAAACAACUGUGACCUUGAUGGGCACAAAAUUCAGCCAAGAACGCAACAGGUCAAGAAGCAGAAGGUGUGUGGCUUGUGCAGGAAGAGCUUCAGCCAGAAGUCAAACCUUAUCACACACCAGAGAACCCACACGGGCGAGAAGCCGUACAAGUGCGCAGAUUGCGGGAAGACCUUCCGCUUCCGCUCCAACCUCAUUACGCACGGGAGGAUCCACACAGGGGAGAAGCCCUUCAAGUGCCCGCUUUGCGGGAAGGGCUUCAGCAACCAGUCGGGCCUCUUCAGCCACAAAGGGACUCAUCAGGAAGAGAAGCCGUACAAGUGUGCUGAGUGCGGCAAGGGUUUCAGCAGGAGACCGGGCCUCAUUGUCCACGAGAGAACCCACACAGGGGACAAGCCGUACAAGUGCCCCGACUGCGGGAGAAACUUCAGCCAGAUUUCGGGCCUGAUUGCGCACGAGCGGAGCCACACGAAGGAGAAGCCGUUCAGAUGCGUGGUUUGCGACGCGUGCUUCAGCCAUGCCUCUCACCUCGCUCUGCAUGAGAUGACCCACAUGGAACAGAAGGCGUUUGAGUGCCUGGACUGCGGGGAAAGCUUUGGCCGGAAACUGGACCUCACUGCGCACCGCCGGAACCACACGGGGGAGACAUCGUACGAGUGUGCGUACUGCAGGAAGCGCUUCAGCCAGCAGCCAAGCCUGCGUGCCCAUGAAAGGACCCACUUGAAGAAGCUCUACCCAUGUGUUGAAUGCGGGAAGAGCUUCCGGAGCAGCUCCAACCUCAAGUCCCACAAAAGGACCCACAUCGGAGACAAGCCCUACAAGUGCUCAGUGUGUGGGAAAGGCUUUAAGUGGAGCUCCAACCUCAUUGCCCACGAAAGGGCCCACACUGGAGCAAAGCAUUACAUGUGCUCGGACUGUGGGAAAAGCUUCAAAGGGAGCUCAGAUCUUAGCAGACAUCAGAGAAUCCACACAGGAGAGAACUUGUGA